UGAUAAACCGCAUAACAAGUCAUAAGAAAAAUGCAAUCCUUGAACCCCCAAUUACCAAACACAGAGAAAUAAAUUGAGUCCUUGAACAUGAAGCCUUUGCUUUUGCAGUAUACGUCUCUUGAUUUCUUGAGGCACUUCUCAUAUUCUAUAUAGCAUGUGUGAGUUUGGUUGUAGAGACGAAGAUGCUGAAAGAUUUUUGAUCUUCAUUGCUAUUCUCAUUCUAAUUGUGCUCAUCAGAAUGAAUUUCAGAAUGAAUUUGUGCUGACAAGAACGAACUCUGAUAGCUGGAAUGAAUGUAUUAAAGAUAUUUUUAAAAUUUGGCUGAUAUCUAAAGACAUGUCAAGUUUGGACAAAUUUGUAAAGAAUAGCAUCAAGUUUCAGGGGCUUCAGUGACAUUUGAAUUGAAACAAAAGAUUCUCAGUUCUGUAUGAUCAUUAUUUGAGAUCUCUUGACUCUGUAAACAAUUUUGUCUUACAUUUUGAAGUGGCUAUCUUAUCCAUCUUCAAAGACAGAAAUUUGUGAAUAUAUAUUAACAAUGCCAUUAUGGGGAAUAAAUUUUGUGGAAUUACAGAAGCCCCUACUGACAAAGAUAUUAAAAUGGGCUGGUGUGGAACAAAAGCUAAUUGAAAUUGAAGAAGGAACCACUAUGAGCUGCUGGGCACCUAUAAAAAGUAGCACAAAGCCUCCAUUAGUUUUGGUACAUGGGUUUGCAGCAGAAGGAGGAGUGACAUGGCAGUUUCAGGUUGGUAAACUGAGCAAGGAGUACUCUGUUUACAUACCCGACUUGCUCUUUUUCGGGAAGUCUGUAACUGUGAGUCGGCAAAGGUCUGAGACCUUUCAGGCAGAAUGUUUGAUGAAGUUGUUGAAAAAGUUGAAAGUGGAGAAAUGCGCCAUGGUGGGUUUUAGCUAUGGAGGAAUGGUGGCUUUUAAAAUGGCAGAAAUGUAUCCAGAAGCUGUUAACUGUCUGGUGGUCAGUGGCUCUGUGAUUGCCAUGACUGAUACAAUUAGCCAGACUUCUCUCAACAGGCUUGGUUUUUCAAGUUCAGCAGAGCUUCUGCUUCCCACCACGGUUAAAGGCCUUAAAGCAUUGUUUUCUGUAGCGUGUUACAAGAAAAUCUGGCUCCCAGAAUUUCUCUUUAGAGAUUUUCUAGAGGUUAUGUUCAAUAACAGGGAGGAGAGAGGAGAGCUUCUAGCUGCUCUGGUUGAAAGUAACAAAGUAGCCCAAGUUCCAUCUCUUAAGCAGAAAAUUCUUCUCUUGUGGGGCAACAAAGAUGAGGUUUUCAAUCUUGAAGUUGCCAAUAGAAUGAGAGACCAAUUAGGUGAGAACACUGAGUUUGUGGGAAUUGAGAAUGCAGGACAUUUAGUCCAUUUGGAAAGGCCAUGCAUAUAUACCACUCGUCUUCUGGAAUUUCUUCAGAAAAACUAUUCCAAUGAAAUGAAGUAUGAUUAAGGAGGAUCAACUUUAGUGAUAUCAUUAUUAUGAAAAUUUGAAGUUUUUACCAGUUUGAAGAAAUGUUAAAGUGUUGUAUUUUUAAUGCCUUUUGUCACUUUAAUUUGGCAUUGCAUUUUGCCUAAAUAGGCUCAAUAAAAUACUUGGUUUGUGAGGCUUGUUUACA